AUGUCUGAAAAAUCGGUGAAUAAUGACGCAAGUGAAACUGAAGAAACAGUCGCUGUAAAAACUUUUAAAUCAUUGGCAAAGAUUCCUUUUUACAUUUCCGCAAACAUUUUACCGAAUUCAAGUUCUUCUUUGCUCUUAAUUCAAACCGGUCUCAGCCAACGCGAUUUAACUCGCAAAAUUAAGCGAUUGACCGUGAAACAAUUGGUCGUAUCAUUAGAAACCGAAGGUGAUCCUAAACCAAGCGUUAUCACCUCUUCGUUCUUACCAAUUGAUCUGGGAGAUGUGGUUUUACAAGCCAUUUCUCAAAGUGGUAAUAAAGUGGUGACCUUAAAGUCGGUGUCCGGUGACAAGGGCAAGAGCAGAUACGUCGAGAUUUGGAAACAUGGGAAUCUGGAAAGUGUUAUUGAUGUAACGGACGUACACGAAGAUUUCUACUCCGACGAGAGAAUACUUUCUCGUAAAGAUAAUUUCGGUUGUUUAAACUGGUCAAAGAAUGAAGAAAAGGUUGUUUACAUCGCCGAACGUAAGGCGCUUGAAGCCACUAAUGAAAAGAAAUAUGAUUACAAGCAAAGUUGGGGUGAAAGAUUAGCGAAUAAGCAAGUUCCCGUGAUCGUCAUUGUCGAUAUUACUGAGAAUAAAGCGAAGGUCUUACCGGAAUUCCACAAUAUCGAUCCGGGGCAGGUGCUCUUUGGUUCAGACGAUGAGACACUGAUCUUUACCGGAUAUGAUAGAGAGCCGCGCCAGUUUGGUCUAGUAGCCUGUCUGGAAUUUAUCAGAGCAAUCUUGAUGGAACAAAUUUGGUUGUCAAGUUCAACACGCAAGGUCGCCAAGGAUGAACCUAGCAGAGAAUUGUCUGGUAAGAUAGGCUGUUCAUUCAUUCCUUCUAUUCCGAGAGAUGCUUCAAAUUGGUGUUGUAUUGAAUUGACCAUUCCACACGUUGAUCGAAGAGCUCUGGGUGCUGAAUUAUUUCGCGUGCAGCCAGACGCUAAAACGUUCUUCUUCGUUCAAUAUGAAAAUCAUAUUCGUUCUCCAUCCGAGUCCUUUCACGAGAAUUUUCCUGGAAUAUAUUGCGGAAACAUCUUGCCAAAAUCGUUUUUCGUCAUCAAUGGUGCCGAAUACAUUUUAAUCAACAGCUAUUGGCGUAGCAGAAAGGUUAUUUUGGCGGUGAAUCUGACCUCCGGUAAAGUUCAAAAUCUAACUUUAACCGGAAGCUGGACUCUAUUCACGGUUUGGGACAAGUAUGUGGUGGCGUCUCAAGGAUUUCCAAACAACGUCUACCAAUUGAACAUUGGAAUCUUAAGUGCCAACAUGGAGAACAACUUGGAUAUUAAUUGGGUGAUCAUUGAUCAACCGCAUCUUGAAGAAGGAGUUGCAAAAACUCUUUCCAAGUCCACGUGGUCCCUGUUGCAGCCUUUUCCGGACAAGCCCAACUUGGAAGUCAUCUUUCAUCAGCCAAGCGAGACUUCUUCGGACAAGAAGCCACCUCUUAUUGUUUUUCCGCAUGGCGGUCCUCAUGGUACUUCUAUCAUAGAAAUCAGCCUCUACGUGCAGACACUGGUUUCUUUGGGAUAUGCCAUUAUAGAAGUCAACUAUUCUGGAAGCACUGGGUUUGGGCAAGAUUAUGUGGAUUCAUUGAUUGGAAAGAUUGGCGAUUUAGACAUAGAGGAAGUUCAGUCGUCGGCACAGUAUUUCAUUGACCAUAAUUAUGUUGAUUGUAAUUCAGUAGCAGUGAUUGGUGGUAGUCACGGUGGAUUCAUUUCUGGGCAUCUGAUUGGGAAAUAUCCCGAUUUCUACAAAGCCUGUGUCAUGAGGAAUCCAGUGCUUAAUAUUGGGGGAAUGUCUUUUGUCACGGAUAUUCCGGACUGGUGCUUUGCGGAAUUGGGUUUGUCUUAUGACCUGAAGAAGCCGUGCAUAACUACGCCAUCCGUUUACGCCAAGAUGUAUCAAAGUUCACCGACUGCCAACAUUGAUAAGAUAAAGACACCAAUUCUAUUGAUGCUUGGGCGAAAUGACAAAAGGGUGCCGAUCUUCGACGGGUUGCAGUGGUGGCACUACCUCAAAGGUCAAGGUAAGGUAGAUAUUCGUUGCAAGAUGUAUUGCGAGACAGGUCAUUCGUUGGACACCAUUGAGGCCGAAAUCUCGUGCAUCGAUGCUAUCAGCAAGUUUCUAAAAGAAAAGAUUGGUGUUUAA